CGACGGAAUGCUCAUGAACAAGAACUGGAACGACAGAACGCAGCAGAACCCCAAUUCCCAAACCCUCUGCAGAUAUGAGCGAAGUGCGGUAACGAAUCACUGCCCCGACUCCGGCGAAGGUUAAUCUCCGGCGAGCGACAGUGAAGUCUCCCUAUUUUGUCAAUACUACUUCACUUUCAUCUUCUUCAACAUUCUAGGGCCCUCAUUUCCUCAGGACCGGCCCUGAAUGCAGGGAACUCCUCAAAUACUGCUAUACUGGACAUGGUUAUAGAGGAAGAGGGUAGGUAUGUGCACAAUGGUUCAUCAUUUGUGGAUGGGCAAGGAAGUGAUGAUGAUGCUGACGAUAACAUCAACGGUGAUGACAUGACAGAAUCCGAUGAAGAUGAUUGUGAUACUAUCACGGCAUCUAACCACUUUACUAGAAUAUAUGAUCUCCCUGAAGGCUUUACCGAUGUGUGUAUGAGUGGAGCAGGUAUGAAAAGAUUUAGACCCGAAGGUGAGUUUGAGGUUGGUCAACAGUUUGACAACAAAGAACAAGUCAUCAAUAUGGUGAGCUUGUAUUCUAUUAAAAGGAACCAAUUUUAUCAGGUGCUGGAGUCCGAUAAACACAAAUGGGUUGCAGAGUGCAAGAGGAAGAAGGAACGUGAUUGCCCCUGGAGAAUACGCGCCACAAAAAACAAAGGCAACCUCAACAGCUUCACAAUUGUGCGUUAUCCUGGACCUCAUUCUGCUACCUGUGUUGGCAACACCGACAGUACUGAUCACGUGGCGAUGACUUCUGAUUUCAUUGCUAAAGAUAUGAUUGACAUUCUUCGCAAUGAUCUUCCCUAAAAGUGCAUAUUAUCAUUGAGAUGCUGAAGAAAAAGUAUGGGUAUACAGUAUCGUACAUGAGAGCAUGGAUUGGCAAACAGAAGGCCAUUGCAGAAAUAUUUGGCGAUUGGGAGAGGUCAUAUUCUAAAUUGCCCCGUUUCAUGACAGCGCUCCAACAUUCCAAUCAUGGAAAUGUUGUUCAUUGGUACCCACCCCCUAUUACUCCAACAGGUUAUAUGUAGUUUCAGAGAGUUUUUUGGGCAUUCAAGCCUUCAAUACAUGGUUUUAAGCAUUGUCGACUCGUACUUACUAUUGAUGGCACGCAAUUGUAUGGGAAGUACAAUGAUACAUUGCUCGUGCUAUGGGUAGUGAUGCGAACAACCAAAUAUUUCUCGUGGCCUUUGCUGUUGUUGAAUCUGAGAAUGGGGAGAGUUGGCCAUGGUUUAUGGCAUGCAUUAGGGAGUUUGUCACUGAUAGGGAGUUGUGUGUCAUUUCUGAUCGACAUGCGGGUAUAGUCAAGGCUAUGAAUGAGGUGGGCAGUACUUGGGAGGAGCCUUAUGCGCACCAUAGGCUAUGUAUCCGUCAUAUUGCAUCGAAUGUGCACACUCAUUUCAAAGACAUUCACCUAAAUAUUUGUUUGUUUGGACCGCACGGCAACAUCAGAAAAAGAAAUUUGAUGGUGGGUUCAAGAAGAUAGGGGAAAUGCGGGUGGAGGCGCGACAAUUUUUGGGGAACAUUCCCUUGGAAAUGUGGUCAUUACACCACGAUGGCGGAUACAGAUGGUACCAUCACUUCUAAUCUGGCUGAGGUUUUCAACAGCGUAAUAAAAAAUGCCAGAUAUUUGCCCAUCACCGCUUUGGUCCAGGUUUCUUUUUUCCGCGUUAAUGCUUAUUUUGUUAAUAGGCGUGAAAGCAGUAAAGCAAGAGUGACUGAAGGCCACGACUACUCUCCAUACAUAACGGAUUUGAUUGAGAAGAAUAGAGAGAAGGCGAAGCAUCACAGUGUUACUCCAUAUGAUAUAGGCCGAGGGAUAUAUCAGGUGGAAACAGGAUGUGGUGGCUGAGCGUUGGGAAAGGGUGGGAGAAAAUAAACUGUCCAUCUGCGGCUGCGUACUUGCACAUGUAAAAAGAUUGAAAUUUAUAAGAUUCCACACUCUCAUGUAUUAGCCGUGUGCAAACAACGUAGUUUGUCUUCUCAUCCAUUUGUGGAUCCAUUUUUCUCAUCUCAACAAUACGCCGCCACAUAUCAAAGAAUCUUUAAACCCAAUCCCGAUCGUGAUUAUUGGCUGACUUACUAUGGACCUGAAAUUGUGCAUGAUCCAUCCAUGAUUCGGUCUAAGGGAAGACCUAAGUCCACACGUAUUAAGAAUGAGAUGGAUGAAGGUCACCGAGGAACGGUUAGAUGUGGAAUAUGUAAAUAAACCGGUCAUAAUAGGGCCACAUGUGCAAAGAGAUCAUCAAGAGAUGGAGGAGGGUCCACUGGGCAUGGAGGUGUCAGCGGAUCCUGGAUCGAGUGAUCGUUUUGUCCUGACAUUGCAAGCCUCGCACAAGAGUGAGGAUGUGUGGUUUGGCCAUCGACCCAGACUCAGCAGGAGAGAGUGGUUCUUCAACCACGCCAGCGGCGUAAACGUAGGCAGCAACAACAACAUCUCGAUGACCAAAACGAUCAAGAAGACCAUGAGAACUUGUAGUUUGUAUUUUCUAUUGGUGUUUUUCUUGUACACUAUAUGUUGUCUGAAGAAUUGACUUUAUUUUACAUAUUUCCACCUGUAAACUCUUUUAUGAUAUGUUGAUGUGUUCGAUUAUGAAUAUUA